ACACAAUACUGCUGUUACUAUAAGUGAUCUCACUCGUCACUAAUGGCUGCCCUCAGGAUAAGAAAUGUGCACAAAAGGAAAUGUGCACUUAUUUGCAUGUGCAUUCUCAGCUUCUUCUUGUAUAAAUAUCUCAGCAUGCCAUCAAGGGUGUGGAGGGUCAGCAGAAAAGGGGGCCUGAGUGCCAACAUGUCACAGUUCACUCUGGAGGGAGAGCCCUUCCGUAUUUUGGGGGGAUCCAUCCACUAUUUCCGUGUGCCUAGGGCCUACUGGAGAGACCGCCUAAUGAAGAUGAAGGCCUGUGGCAUAAAUACCCUGACUACAUAUGUGCCAUGGAGCCUGCACCAGCCAGAGAAGGGUGUUUUUAACUUCCACACACAGCUGGAUUUAGAAGCUUACAUUAACCUUGCAGCUGAACUGGGAUUGUGGGUGAUUUUACGUCCAGGGCCCUACGUUUCCGCGGAGCUGGACUUAGGGGGAUUGCCUAGCUGGCUCCUCAGAGAUGAGAGCAUGAAACUGAGAACAAGUCACCCAGGCUUUACUCAGGCUGUCAACACUUACUUUGACAAACUUAUACCAAAAAUGGUUCCACUACAGUUCAAGAAAGGAGGUCCCAUCAUUGCUGUGCAGGUCGAAAAUGAAUAUGGAUCCUUUGCAGCGGAUCAAAGUUACCUGCUUUUCAUAAAAGAGGCUUUACUGUCCAGAGGGAUCACGGAGCUCUUGCUCACAUCAGAUAACCUUCAAACUUUGAAGUUAGGAGGUGUUGAUGGAGCAAUCAAGUUGGUGAAGUUACAGAAGCUAAAUCAGAGACACAUACAGGAUCUGAGUUCUGUUCAGCUCAACAGUGCCUCCAUGGUGAUGGAAUACUGGACAGGCUGGUAUGAUGUGUGGGGGGAAGUGCACCAUGUGCUGCCACCAGAGGAUGUGGUGUCCACCGUGAGGGGGAUUCUGAGGCGAGGCAUGUCCGUCAAUCUCUACAUGUUCCACGGAGGAUCCAGUUUUGGGUUCAUGAGCGGGGCACUCGAUGAUCCUUCCUACAGAGCGUUAGUCUCCAGCUACGAUUAUGAUGCUCCUUUAUCUGAAGCUGGAGAUUACACUCCAAAGUACCAUCUUCUUAGAGAUUUACUUUCUCGACAUAACAGUAAGUUAAAAAUGAGAAUACAGUACAUUCAUGCUGGUGCUAACUUGCGUGAUUAGUUUUGACCUCUCUGUGCAGCAAGAGGAGACAGUUUUCCAGACAUACCAGCCCUGCAUCACCGGGAAGCUUAUGAACCUGCUAUCAUGUACCAGCACCUUUCAUUAUGGGAUGCUUUGAGCUUCACUGAAGAACCUUUUAAGUCAUCCGAGCCUAUAAGCAUGGAGAAUCUGCCCGUUAACCACGGGAGUGGCCAGUCGUAUGGCUACACUCUGUACGAGACUACCAUCAGUAGUGGAGGAUUGCUGAAGUCAGGAGAUCAUGUCCGAGACCGCGCCCUGGUGUUUGUAGACAGAAGUUACAUUGGCCUGUUCAAGCGUCGGAGCGUGGAGCUUGCUGUUCCUGAUGGUAAGGGACAGCGUACCUUGAGUUUAUUGGUGGAAAACUGUGGCCGAGUUUACCGUGGAAGAGAUCUUGACAAACAACAUAAAGGAUUAGUGGGCGACAUUAUAUUAAACAAUAUACCAUUGCGCAACUUUACAAUAUACAGCCUGGAUAUGAAACCCAGAUUUAUUGAUAGUCUUUAUCAGGCAACUUGGAAAACCCUCCCUGAAAGUCCCAGUUUCCCUGGAUUUUUCAUGGGGAGGUUGUUUGUAUACGGGUAUCCGAGUGACACGUUUGUGAAGCUACCAGGUUGGGAGAAAGGUGUUGUGUUUAUAAACGGACUGAAUCUGGGCCGCUACUGGUCAAUUGGCCCACAGCAGACUCUUUACCUCCCAGGACCUUUUCUCAAUAGUGGAAUUAACCAGGUCAUUGUGUUCGAGGAGCAAGAGGGCGACUACAAGGUCCAGUUUGAGGAUAUGCCUGAUCUGGGCAUGGCAGUGGACAUCCAGUAACCGGCAUCACAUCCUGGAUGGGAGUACUACUGAAGAAAUAUUGUUUUUGUUCGAAACAAAAAUAAAGGGCUUAUUAGAUGUGGGCUUAGACAAAUACAGUGGCAUGAUUGUUGUUGAAGUCGUCAUUGUUGAAUGGGGAACCUCAAAUUCAGCAAAAAACAACAACAUUUCAACAUCUGGUCACAUCAACUACAAGUCAAAGAGACAGAUGUGGUUGUAUGAUAGUAUGAUGUAUGAUGAGUUUUCUAUGUACAUACAAUAGGCUACCUUUGGUGGAGAUGAAUCUUUACACAUUGAGCAGAAUUAUGAUGCACAUCUUGCUGAUGAGUUUAAAUUUCUGACAUGGAACAUCACUUAUUGAAUAUUAGUUGUCAGUUUUUAUUGCCUGUGUGAACAUAUUGGAGAAUGUUUCAUUUGUAAAAUCAAGAAAAUAGCCCAAUCUGUUUAGACCCAAGCAGAGUCAUAUCAGUAUAAUACCCUUCUCAUGAAGUGAAAAUUGAAGGUUUUAUAUGUUUAUAUGUCACAUGACUGUCUUUAUCUAUUUAAAGUCAGAGUUUGAGAAUACAUUUACAUUUAAAAAGGUGCAGAUGUGAGUCAAGUAUGUGUGAAACCAUAACUUGCUUGGAAUAACAAGAAUGUAUGAUGCAAAGAC